AUGGGUGUCCCAGCGCUUUUCCGGUGGCUAUCCACCAAGUAUCCGAAAAUCAUAUCGGCCGUUGUCGAAGAACUGCCUCAAGAAUUUAAUGGAGAGGAGAUUCCCGUGGACACUACCAAACCGAACCCGAAUGGCGAAGAAAUGGAUAAUCUCUACCUGGAUAUGAACGGAAUCGUACACCCUUGUACCCAUCCUGAGGGUAAACCACCACCAUCAAACGAGGGGGAGAUGAUGUUGGAGAUUUUUAAAUAUACAGACAGGGUCGUGAAUAUGGUCCGGCCGAGGAAACUUUUGAUGAUUGCUGUUGAUGGCGUAGCUCCCCGUGCGAAGAUGAACCAACAACGCUCGCGCCGCUUCCGCUCCGCCCAGGAAGCUAAGGAGGCUGACGAAAAGAAAGCCGAAUUCGCAAAAUUGUUGAGGAAACAAAACCGAGGAAAAGGCGAUACCGAGCUUGCGGAAGAAGUAGUCAACAAAACAUGGGACAGUAACGUUAUCACUCCUGGAACACCGUUCAUGGACAUAUUGUCCGCAGCACUGCGUUAUUGGGUUGCAUACAAGUUGAAUACUGAUCCUGCUUGGGAAAAGCUUAAAAUCAUCAUCUCUGAUGCCACAGUUCCUGGUGAAGGGGAGCACAAAAUUAUGGAAUUUAUUCGAUCUCAAAGGUCAUGCUCGGAACACGAUCCUAAUACGCGCCAUGUCAUAUACGGCUUGGACGCCGAUCUAAUUAUGCUUGGGCUUGGGACCCAUGAACCUCAUUUUCGAGUAUUACGAGAGGACGUAUUUUUCCAAGAGUCCAAAGCGAGGACUUGUCGACUUUGCGGUCAACAGGGCCAUGUUGCUGAAGCUUGCACCGGCAAAGCUAAAGAAAAAAGUGGGGAAUUUGAUGAAAAGCAGAAAGGGUCACCUCUUAAACCAUUUAUUUGGCUUCAUGUCUCUGUUCUUCGGGAAUAUCUAGCAGCCGAGAUGUUCGUUCCUAACCAACCAUUUCCUUUUGACCUCGAGCGAGCUCUCGAUGAUUGGGUCUUCAUGUGCUUUUUCGUUGGCAACGACUUUUUACCUCACUUGCCCUCAUUAGAGAUAAGAGAAAACGGAAUCGAUACUCUAAUUGCUAUAUGGCGCGAUAACAUCCCACUCAUGGGAGGUUACUUGACCAAGGAUGGCCAUGUGGAUCUAAAGCGUGCGCAGCUAAUUCUCCAAGGCUUAGCAAAGCAAGAAGAUGCCAUUUUUCGGCGACGUCGACAAACCGAAGAGAGGAGAAACGCCAAUGCAAAACGUCGCAAAGAACAAGAGAGGCAACGCGCGGAAGAAAACCCCCGAAAACGCCCAAGGAAAUCCUUGGACAACGAUAUGUCAAUGCCCAGCUCAAGGCGGGGGAAAGAAAUGGAUGGUGGCGCCCCGGCGGAUAUGCCCCUUUUCAUCCCAAGUAAAGGACAAUUGCCAAGAGCAGAGCGAGAAUUGACCCAUGCCAUGGUCGUGAACCGAGGUGCGGUUUAUAAAGCAAACAUGGCCAACAAAAGCGCAGCUGCCGCCUUAAAAAGCCAAUUGAUAUCUGGUUCGGAAAACGGUACCAGCAAUGUUGACGUAAAUGUCGAAAGUUCUAUAGCUUCGUCGACAAAGGCGUCACCGUUAGGUAAAAGAAAGGCCGAUGCCCUUGAAGCCGAUACUACUACCGAGCAAGAGAAUUCCGAAAAGCCACCUGCAGACGAGGACCAGUUGCCAGAAGAUUCAGUUCGCCUUUGGGAACAAGGGUACGCCGAUCGAUAUUACGAGCAAAAAUUCAAUGUAGAUCCCAAGGACAUUGAAUUUCGCCACAAAGUCGCAAAAUCCUAUGUGGAGGGCCUUUGUUGGGUUCUCCUGUAUUACUUUCAGGGUUGCCCUUCAUGGACGUGGUAUUAUCCUUACCACUACGCGCCCUUCGCAGCGGACUUUGUAGACCUCGAUCAAAUGGACAUCCAGUUCAAUAAAGGCAAACCUUUCAGGCCGUUCGAACAACUCAUGGGUGUCUUGCCUGCAGCAUCUAACCAUGCGAUUCCCGAUAUCUUUAGAGACUUGAUGUCCGAUCCCGCGAGUGAGAUUAUCGAUUUUUAUCCCGAGGACUUUCCGAUUGACCUUAACGGGAAGAAGUUCGCAUGGCAAGGAGUAGCGUUGCUCCCUUUUAUUGAUGAAAAACGUCUCCUGGCUGCAAUGGCCAAGCGAUAUCACCGUUUGACAGAAGCAGAGAGGGCACGAAAUGAAAUGGGCCGGGACACUCUGUUUAUCUCAGAUCGGCACCCUUUGUACAAAGAUAUAGUUGCAAACUUCUACUCCAAAAAGCAGGGAGUUCCCAAUUUAAAACUGAAUAUGCGGGUUAGCGAAGGACUUGGCGGCGAGGUGGAGCGUGACGGGGCAUAUAUCCCUCAUAGCUCACUGGUAGCCGCCAUCAAUGACGUUGAACUUCCCAGUCUCGACCAGGACCGUUCGAUCAGCGUUCUUUACGAUAUCCCCAAGUCCAUACAUACUCAUAAAUCAAUGCUCCUCCGGGGAGUGGUUUUCAACCCACCGGUCCUUGAUAGGACGGAUAUUGAGGUUACAAAAAACAAAGCGCAACACUCUGGACGAGCAUUUGGAGGCGCGCCCCUGCAUUCAGGAAACGGGAGAGGCAGAGGUCGAAUCUCAUAUGCAGGUGACCGCCCGAAUCCGUUUGCCGCUCACCUCGAUCCAAAUUUCAAACCGCCGCAUAAUGUGAAUGGUCCGCCUGGUUCAGGUCGUGGUGGGCCACCUCAAUUCGAUCGAGGUCGAUCCCGGUAUCCUCAAUCCCAACAGUCCCGCGGCGGAAACUAUGGAGGCUACGGAGGCCAGAGCGACUCAUACAGUCAACGAGACUCAUACCAACCACCAGCUCGUGGUAGGGGCUCAUACCAACCAGGUUCAUAUGGAAGAGAUACAUACCAGGACAGACAGUAUGGCUACCAGGACAGAUCACAGCCCUCAAACCGCAGUGGCCGGGGCGGUGGCGGUAGUGGUUAUUACCGCGGUGGUGGCCGCGGCCAGCAGUAUUCUUCUCAGACAGGUCACUAUGGACGCAAUGAUGGAUAUGGGAGGUAUUGA